GCCGAUAGGAAUACAAGCCUCGACCCGCACCGGAAGUGGCCCGAAGGAUCGCGCGCGUAUUUUCCGCGAACGAAAACUCUUCGUCCAAAAAAUUUACAAAAAAAAAUCAAAAUAAAGUUACUGUAUAAAACAAGUGCUCGACGUUACUCAUUGCUUGGAUGUUUUUGCAAAAUAAUCAAGGAUGAUGUCAAAAUACACCCAAGCGAACGCACCUCCACCUCCCAACGAUAACGAAUACUACGAGAACGUAAGAAGCGGCAAUUAUGGUAACAGCGAAGACUUGCUCAUCGAAUAUGAUAGUCGACUAAGUGGACGAGAAAGCAAUGCAAAUUAUCAAUCACAGCAAGCGCCGCAGGAGUUUGAGAUGCACUGCAAAUGCGUAUAUCCCCAAAGGCAUAGGGGUAAAUACAGUAGCGAGCAAAAUAUAGUAGCCGCAAACCGCAACCUCGGAUCCAUGUCGAGGUUGGACAACGCCAGUCAGUUCAGCUUGGAUAGGAAGCCCAGAAAACAGCAGCACCAGCAGCAGCUACACCACACAUACACGUGUGAACAAAACCAAAAGAUCCUGCAGAGGUUGGAGAGGGAUGCUAGCGUUAAACGGAUGCGCUCCCCAGAGGUCGUCAACACACACAGGGGCACCACCAACCUCUUGUACGAUGGUUACGGACCAGAAAGUUGCGCAAUUACAUCCUACACUUACGACAAAGAUGUCGCCGUCAAAUGCGACGAUUACGGUUUCAGGAAGGGACAGGGCGUCAAGAGGACCUCUGAACGGAGUAAUGGGCAGGCAAAGAGGAGACCGGCAGGCGAUGGGAUGGAUUCCCAAAUGGAUGAUCCCGAAUUGAUCUUCGAAGUUUCAGAUCAGAUUAGGGACUGUCCGUGCGCCUGUGAUCAUGUCAUUUAUGGCCCCGGAUACACGACCUGUCUGCAGGUGAGUGACAUUUACAAGAUUAUAUAA